GAAUAAUCAAUUGUACACUAUUUAUUCUGCGCGUCGGCAAAUAGCAGGAAAGAAGCUGACUAAGCACUUGCUGAAGAGAUCGCUAGCAUUUCACUGCAGAAAAAUACGGAAUCAACAUGCAGAUUUUUGUGAAGACUUUGACUGGGAAGACCAUUACCCUUGAGGUAGAGCCAUCAGAUACCAUUGAAAAUGUGAAGGCCAAGAUUCAAGACAAAGAGGGGAUACCACCUGACCAACAACGUCUGAUUUUUGCUGGUAAACAGCUGGAAGAUGGCCGCACCCUGAGUGACUACAACAUUCAGAAAGAAUCCACCCUUCAUUUGGUGUUGCGUCUACGUGGUGGCAUGCAGAUUUUUGUGAAAACUCUGACUGUAGAGCCCUCAGAUACCAUUGAAAAUGUGAAGGCCAAGAUCCAAGACAAAGAAGGCAUUCCCCCAGAUCAGCAGCGUUUGAUCUUUGCUGGGAAGCAGUUGGAAGAUGGUCGCACCUUGAGCGACUACAACAUUCAGAAAGAGUCCACUCUCCAUCUUGUGCUGCGUCUCCGUGGUGGCCAGUAAUUUUCAGUUGACCAAAACUUGUUUGCUGGCAAGAUCAAAAGCAUUUCAGUAAUUUAUCAUAAGAACUGUCUUAAUUACUCAAAUAACAGCUUUCCUGUGAUUUUUAUUUUGGCUAUUUUUCUCCUAUCAAUGUCUGAAAUUUCCUUUUUUUAUGAAAGUUCAAUCUGAAAGUUUAUGAAAGUGAAGUCUCACUGUUAAGGAACGCAGUUUUAUCCCAGGACACACGAACUCUUAAAAUAGAGGUGUAAAGUUGGUGUCUCGAAUUGGACUGUAAAAUGACAAUACAUGCUCUGUGGAGCGGUGUAGUAAUUGGCUAUCACCUGUUCUCACAAGAAAUAAAAAACUGUCCCGUUUUAAUUUGAGGUAGUUAAUUCUCUGAUGGAUAUCUGAAAAAUAAACUUGAUUGCAUUUUAA